AUGGACAAGGGAGAAAUGCAAGAAAUCCGAGCCACCUGCAGUAUUUCGGCCCUAUUACAUAUUGAUGAAUGUGAAAGUGCACCGUGUCAGAAUGGGGCUACAUAUCUGAAUUGGGUCAAUGAAUUCUUCUGUGAUUGUCCUCCACGUUAUUCCGGUAUACAGUGCGAAACAGGAGUAUGUCAACCUUCUGUAGCCGAUAUUGUUUUUGUGCUCGAUUCAUCCGCUAGUCAAACAAAAGAAGAAUUCGAGAAACAACUGGACUUCAUCAACAACUUUAUUGACCAUAUUGUAAUAGGAGAGAAAAACCUUCUACUAGGUGUUGUAACAUAUUCAUUUAAAGCAGUUAUUGAGAUUUCUUUAGGACAAUAUAUUGAUAAUGUCACACUUAAAGAAGCAGUAAGAAAUAUCAAAUACAGACCAGGGGCGACGUUUACAGACAAGGGUCUAGAAGCUGCAAAGGAAGUAUGUGACGGCACGUCUAGAAAAAGACCAUAUGGACAUACUGCAAAGCGGUAUGUGUUUGUACUAACGGAUGGUAUGUCAACCAGAAGAAGAGCUACAGCAGUGGCUGCACAGAAUCUAAAAGCUGCAGUAAACAAGGUUUUGGCUAUAGUAUUUCCUUAUAGUUUUGAGUGUGUUUCAGGUAUAGGUAAAGAAGUAUCCCAUACGGAGUUGAUUACAAUAGCAUCUACAGAAAACACGGUUACAGGACGUCCGUAUGUCUGCUCAGUACAAACUUUCAAUGCAUUGUACGCAGUGGUAAAAGAGUUGGUGCAAUUAACUUGCGAUGGUAAUUAGAGUUAUUUUACUGCGUUUUCUAAAACGAGUUUAACUUUUAGGGAUACACUGCUUCAAGUAGAUGAUUCAGCCAGAUAAUGAAUUUAUAUUCUGAGCUCUUUGUGGAUUCC